AUUGGAACACCUCUAUCGGGCUUGCUGCUGCAUUUUUUAGUUUGAAUAAGUAAACUGAGACAUGUCCACAUCUGGCCCUUCCAACGGCCACCCAGUGGCGGACAAGGGCGAUCGUGGUGAACCUAGCUUAAGUAACAAACGUAACGACGACAACGACAGUUCAUCAUCAUCAUCGGCUUCGGUUUCAGAGGCAGAUUCGAGCAGCUCGGAGGGAAGCAGUGGUGCCAGCAGAGCGUCGGGCUCCACAACAACUCGUCAGUUGGACAUGGAGCGGCGCCAUAGCUCCCAGCAUCAUUCGCAUUCGCGUUCUUUUUCUGAAUCUUCCGAACGUCGCCUUAUGUCGCACGAUUAUCAGCGUGUCCGUCAGCCACAAGUACGUCGGCAGGCCACCCGUUGCAUUGGUGUCUUCGGUCUAAGCCCCUACACCACCCAGCACAAGGUCUUUGAGUUGUUCCGCAUUUUUGGACCCAUCGAGCGUAUUGAAAUGAUCAUUGAUGAGUAUACACAUCGCUUCCGCGGGUUUUGUUUCAUUUAUUUCAUGAACAUGAACGACGCACGCGUGGCCAAGGACGCCUGUACUGGUAUGGAUGUGGAUGAACGCCGCAUACGUGUGGACUAUUCCAUCCCUCAGCGUCCCCGCACACCCACAUCUGGUCUCUUCAUGGACCGUCGGUCGGGCUUCAAUAAUCGCUACCGUCACCAUUAUGGUUACUCCAACGGGUAUUCGACAAGCUGGCGCCACCGAGACUACGAUGCUUUAGCUUCACCUGACGACUUCCACCGCCGGCAGCGCCAUGGCGAGCACGAGCACGAGUACGAGCAUCGCCAUCGCCAGCAUCACCACAAAAGCAGCGGGCAUAUUCGGCGAAGUCGGAGCGUGGAGACACGUUCGCGAGGCAGUCGUCGUGAAUCGCGACAAUAAUAUCUUAAAUAAAAGAAGCUCCUGCAAACCAAAUCCUAACCAACUUUUCGCUGCUCCCAGCCACGACUGGACAGUGUUUGUUGUUGAUUCGAUCUAGCAUUCGACCUUAUUUUUAUCUUAACAUAACCGUAAUCUACUAAGCUUAACCAGCAGCUAGAAGACUAACAGGACGAACACAAAUAUUUAUGGAGUUAGAAUUGACUCUUACAUUAAUUAACUUAAAUUACAGAACUGUAGUGUUUGGCUCUUUGUUUGUAAUUUGCAGUUUUAAUAAAGACUUGGGUGUUUCUAAUUUUA